AUGAACGGCAGAUAUGAUGCAGCAGCCUUACGGCCCAAGAUCACAGUGCGACAACUCAACCGUGACCAUGCCAACUUCAUUCUCGAAAAUGUCGAUCUUUCCUUUGCCAACUCAUUGCGGAGAAUCAUGAUUGCAGACAUCCCAACAGUGGCGAUCGAUAUGGUGGAAAUCAGGAAUAACACAACGGUGUUGCCGGAUGAGUUCUUGGCGCAUAGACUGGGUAUGGUCCCAUUGUUGAGUAUGGAUUGUUCGAAGGCUUUGGUUGAUCACAGGGACUGUGCCUGUGAAGACGGCUGCGACCGAUGUUCCGUCGAACUCACAUUACGCGCCCGUUGCACAACCCGAGGUAACCUCGAAGUAACCUCCCGCGACCUUAUACGAUCAGACACCAUCGAAAAUGCCACAAUCUAUGACGAUGAUGCAAUGAACGAACCCGCCGCACCCAAACACCCCGAUUUUGGUCGACCCGUAGGCCACGAUGGAUCCAUCCCACCCAUUAUGCUUGUCAAAAUGUCCAAAGGCCAAGAACUCGACAUUCGCUGUAUUGCACGUAAAGGAUUUGCAAAGGAACACGCCAAAUGGUCGCCCUGUUCCGCAGUCGGAUUUGAAUAUGACCCGCACAACGCCUUGCGCCAUACCACAUACUGGUACGAGUUCGAUGCGAAACAAGAAUGGCCUGAAGGACCGAAUGCAGAGUUGGAAGAACCACCACAGGAGGGAGCUCCGUUUGAUUACAAUAAGAAGGUGGAUAAGUUCUAUUUUGAUGUUGAGGCAAGUGGGAGUAUGCAUCCAGCGGAAAUUGUCGAGACGGGAUUGGGGUUGUUGGAGUAUAGAGUGGCACAGAUCGUUCAAGAGUUGAGUAUGUUGGAUGAUCCUCAACCUGGAGGGGGGUUGGAGAAUGGAAUGAUGGAUCCAUAUGGUACGGGGACAGGAGGCAUGCCAAAUGGAGGAGGGAUGGAUAUGAAUGGCGGGAUGGGUGAUAUGAAUGGGUACCAUGCUCAGCAACAGCAGGCUAAUCCUUAUGCUGGCGGAUGGGACUAA